AUGCUUGUGGGAUCGCAUAAUUUCGUAUCCGGCCCUCGAUCAUAUCUUCAGAAGUCCGUCAGUAGCUCAUGGCAGCCAUUCUCCAAGUGCCCAUCGACGAAAGCAGAGCGAAAUGCAAACUUUUCCUCGGGCACUCUUAAGGAAUUCGAGAAGUUUAGGGUGCCUUCAAUACAUUCGUUUGCCAGAGAUGCAUUAUACACGCGAUCAUCACCUGCUCUCUGGCUGUCCACUUAUAAGAACUGUCUAGAAAAUCUGCGGGUCGAACAAAACGCAUCAGAACGCUUUCGAAUCCUUUCUAAAAAUCUGGCCAGCGAAACUGCAGAACAAACUGACAUCGCACAGGCCGACAGCAAGCGUCAUUUGGGUAAAUGGGUUUUACUAUUUUAUUUUGCGUUUCAUUAGCUAGGGAUAAAGAUGUUUCUGUGGGAAAAUUGGCCGAUUUUUAAGGAUAUUAUUAGGCGUUAGAUUAACGGGAAUGUUUCGUAAAAAAAGGUUUUUUAAACGGCCUGCAGCUAUUUAGAAUUCAAUUGGAUUCGUUAGAUGACACUUAGAAAUCAUUAAAAAACACUUAAUUUGGAAAACGGCCCUAUUUUCGUAAUGGCGAGUGAAAAAAAUGAUAUAAACUAUCCUCUUGGUACUAGAUUUAGGAGCUUUGUUUGCAAUGGGUAAAAUCAUGUUUCACUUAGUCAGCAGACCAUUUCUAAAGAGUGAAUUCCGUCAGAAAAUCUAGAUUUGGCUGUCAAUCUGUUUGAAUAGCAGUUGUUAUUGGGCUGAAACUAGCGUAAUGUUAGGCAUAAUUUUGAUGCAACCGUGGGAUAUUAGGACAAUUGCGCAAUGCAAAUUGGUACACCUGUCAUUACCUUACGAUUCAUGGCCCUUCAUUUAUUUAUGUCCAGUUUAAAUAAUUCAGACCAUUAGCAAUGAUACAUAAAGAAAUAUUUAGGGAAAUUUACACGUUGCAAAGAUAGAAAAAUCGUCCUGUUUGGAGGGGCACAUACUUAUCAUGCACAACUACGAGAGAUAUCAUAAUGUCCAAGUGUGGUAUGAUCAAAUUUUAUGGAAGUUGAGAAAUCACCAACAUGAACGGAAUGUUCUUUGACCCCAUUCAUAGUUCUGUAAUCUACCCUUAGAUACUUCCUCCUAAUGAACAAAAGUAGCUACUUGACAGCAAAAGCGUAAUUUGAUAAAAAUGCUAUGUCCUGAAUAAUAUCAGGGCGAAGGAAGCCAAGUACUUUUUUUCCAAGAUUUUGUCCCCUUGCGUAAUAGGAUUAGGAAGCCGCACCUCCCUCAUUGCUACAUGUUUUGCAUGUGAGUUGCAAAUCUUUCGCUUAAAAGUCCUGUUCAUUGAUCAUCCAAUACCUAAGUGCAGACCACUUAAUUUUUAUUACGCAAACGGAUCUAUUGGCAGCCAUUUUUGCUCUCUUAAUCUGACUCGCUGACGACCUCACGAAAUUCAAAAUGAUACUCCCAGCAUACUAAGCCUCGUGGGUCACAGUUGCCGUAUUUUGAGCCAAAAAGAGAUGUCAAGGUCAAUCUGAAGCAAAAGAAGGUGUUGACUAUCAUUAUAAACUACGCUGCAUUUAAUUUUCUGUCCUGAACAGCGGAUUUGUUUGCGUAGGCCAAUACUAGACUCAAUAAGACAGUUUUGGCGUUUGCGAGUAUUACUGUUCGAAAUACGUUCACAAUUUAAUAUACUUUAAGCAAUAAUAAUUUGCCGGAUCCACAUGAGGAACUUGUCCGUUAGUCUUUCUUAAUAGUGGCUAUGUAGCGUCUAUAUUUGUCAAGGCCCGUCAUUAAAAUGAUUAAACUGUUGUCCGUAAUGUGCGAUCAUAUAAUAUGGUUUUAUGUAAAUGAUACAUCAAAAGAUUACGACACUUCAAGUGCGAAGUUGAAUACCAAAGAACUUGCGAAUCUCUUUUAAUGAAGACGACUUUUCGGCGGGAAUACAGUGUCGCAACACUUAGAAUUGUCUAUCCCCCACCAGCCUGUCUUACGGGCGGACUACUACUACUACCACUAAUACUACUACUACUACCAUCACCACUACUACUGCUACUACUACCACUACUACCGCUGUUACUACUAAUACUACUACCACUGGCGGGAAUACAGUGUCGCAACACUGAAGAAAACUUUUUCCCCCGUCUACCACCACUGAUACGGCGAAUACUACUAAUAAUCCUACUAUAAGUACUACUACUACCACCACCGCCACCACGGCUGCCAAUGCUACUCUACCAACGCUUACAGUACGGGUAACUAACUGCAAUAAUACUAGCAUCAGUAACGGAGUGUUGCGACACUGGUAUCCAACCGACUUGUCUAACAUCGAACAAACGGUUUAUUUGCGAGAAUUUUGAUGCUAAUAUGGAAGUUCAUUGUGAGUGGUAAGAAGACAACAACAAGAGUCAGGACAUUUAUGAGAGGAUACAGUUAACGUUGGAAGUCGAUAAAGGAAUAGCAUCGAAUGGCAUAAGAGUGUGGAACACUUCCAGCGCUUACUGAUUGAUAUCGCCAAUGUGUUCGAUCGGUGCGAUCCUUCUUAGCAGCAAUGGGACCUACGAAAUCCGUUAAUAAUAUUUAUACACCGUCCACGAUAUCAAUAACCAAGUAAUGCGAAGAGCCAAAUAAUAUUACAGAUGUGCUUAUUUGGAUGUGAGUUUGCGCAAAGCCCUCCAAAAAUGCAUGUUGUGUAACCAAGGUGAUAAUAUUGGUCAAUAGACUACUGCGACACUACGAACUAGAACAGGAAGGGGUAGCUUUUGACAUCAAUCUCAUGCAGUCAGUGUUUGUCGUCCAUUUGGCUAAGCCUAACACACUGUUUAAGAAGCAGGAAUUUAAACGGAUGGGUUCAAACAAAUGCGCGCAUGCGAGUGUGCACAUGCGUGCUUUGUACGGGCAUUAAACUGGGAGCGUACACAGGGCAUUUAAUUAUCCGUGUUUUGACAAUGGUAUAGGAACCGAAAGAGAGUGUGAAAACAAAUCUCUACUCACAAACCGGGCUGCUAGCGGUAACAAUAACGCUUCCUUUAAUGGUCUGAGAAAAGUUAGGCUAAAUAGACAGUAAAAUUACAAGUUUUGAAAACAAAGACGAUGCAAAUUAUCAUUUUUUCUCCAUGCUGUGUAUUUUGCACAUAAAGACAAAGAUGAGUAGAGAAGAGCAAACAUACGUGUUACUGGGCUUAUUAGAAGACAGAGUUUUCCUUAUGCGAACAACAGAUUUUACAACCAUAUUGGGUAACAAACUGCAGACUUGUGAUGUUGACUGCAUGGUGUAUGUAAGGCUCGUGUGGCUGGUUUUUAGCGGAAGGCUGCUAGGACUCAAACGGUUGAUAUACUUGGUUGUAUGCGUCAUAAAUAUAAUGGAAUUUUGAGCCGUGGGCGCAACCGUAAUUAUACCACUAUGGAAAAGUGAAAGAAAAGUCCCCUUAAUAGGGGCUCGUAAGGCCAGGUAGGGGAGGCCUAUAACAAGAUUAGGCAGUGCUAUCCAUACCAUCCAAGAAAGGGCUUGAUUUAAUUGUGUUCUUUUUGUCGAGUGGACUAAUUCAGUAUGUCCGUUGGUAAACUCAGUCAAGGGAACGCACUGCUUAGAACUCCUGCCACGUUAACAUUGCAGAUAAGAUAAAAAGAACAUUUUCGAGGGCGAAUUACCUACAUGAUGUUGCUUCAGGUUGAUCAUAUUAGAAGUUAUGAGGAAGUAAAAGACAUGAUGCCAUUAUUUAUUAAGGUCCAGAAAACUCAACCGAAUUGCCAUAUAAACAUGUGGGAGAUUGAAAACAUCCUGCAGUUACACUUGCGAAUUCUUGAGUUGGUGAAACCUGAGGGAAUAUGCCGGCUGAAAACGUGAAAAUCUGCCUUAAGACUGCAGUAUUCGCAUCCGAUGAUAAGGGUGACCACAUUUUCUAACACGAUGCUCGCUAAUUGACAUUUUGCGAAGAUUGGAUCAGCGCCCAUGCGGUAGUGUUUCGAUUCUAGGUGCGUUCGGUCGGGCUGUGAGAGAGUAUGGUUUGUUUAAUCGAUGAAUAUUAUAUUCCGGUCAAAAAAUGUCUUCUUUUCGUUAUAAAUUGGCCUGAAUCAUAAGAACUUAUGAUAACUGAGAUAUUUUUGGACGAAACACUCAGUACCGUUGUGUCAACUAUGGUCUAUGGCAUUUGAUUCUCGGGGAAACUGAAACGCGUUCUGCGCCUGGACUGUCAAGCCUCUUCACAUACUCACGGCUAAUUUAAAGUGUCCAUUUUCAGAUCACAAGGAUCUAUCCAUCAAAUUCUGUGAGAGCUAACUUGUUUAUAUUUAAUUCUUAGUUAACAUCAUUGGGCUUCCAAACCGCUGCGCAUAUUUACUCUGCCAUCUCAUUCCCUUACUGCCUAUCAUUGUUUCCCAUAUUUCACAAUUUUCCGAGCCCUCGUCCUUUAAGGUAACCAGUUGCUGACUAGAUUUUGACCAAGAUGAACUCUACCUUUUGUCUAAAGCCACGAAACAUUGUAACUAUUCCGGAUAUCAUUUCGCGUAUAAGUAUUAAUUUAAUAAAAUCCACGAGGUUUUGUGGAAAAGUCGUCAUUUUGUUAUUGUAGGGUGUUUGAUCUGAGGCUGAGCACGUUUUUUGACUCCUAUGGGCUCUCCUCAGGACGCUGUGUUUUUAAGAUAUCAACAUAAAACUGAACAUACUGUGUGAUUGCGCCAUCUAACUGGAGGAUCGAUUACCGCAUAUAUUAAAUGAUAAAAUGCGCACAAGAGACAAUUAUUUGCCUGAGUGAGAUGUGUUGACCGAUAGAUUUUGGUAGAUUAUGGCUUUAUGUUCCCUUUAUAAUUCUCAACGUAUGUUCAGUCUAUAUUUUUCAGAAAAGCAUCUGCACAGGAACGAAUUUUUCUACUCGGCAUUUUCAGUAACCCUUACGUUUUUCAGCAACUCAGUAGCAAUGUGCUGUUGUGAAAAAUUUUAGUUUUGGAUUUACAGUUUUCUGCUUUGUUGCUAUUGGGCCCCUCCCAGGAAUACCGACUAUCAAAUGGGCAACAAAUUGUUCUGAAUUCACGAAUAAAGUAAAUCCAACAAGAUGCAUUUGUUUUCUUACGGUCUUGCGAAAUCAUCCAUUGACCGCUGACCUCACGCUACAGAUUCCAGGGCCCCUCAAAUUUGAGGUCAUGGAGUCACCAAUGUUGACCUCAAUUCAGGUCUAUUGUUCCGUUGCCAUUGAUUGUACUCGCGAUGAAUCUUUUGUGAUCUUGUGGUAAUAACAACAAUUAAGACAUACGCCAUCUUCUGGUACUAAAAUAAAACAUUCGAGUUUUUGGAUAAGUGCAUAGCACGCCCAUCUACCCAGAAGCAUACUAGGCUUAGUGUGAGCAAUGUAGGCGAAGGUGUAAUCACCUGAAAAACGGAGGAAAUGAACUCCCGUGUUGUCGUUGCCAGUUGGCUUUCUGAGCAGAUUAUUCAAGUAAUUGAUCGUAAGGCUAAAUCUCAGGGUUAGGUUUGCUUUAUUAUGUCAUUUAGGUUUCAUUUAUACGAACAAAAUUGAAAGAUCUGCAAGCCAUACCCAGCGCAGGUUUUGAUGUUUUCUGAAGGUGCUUCCAUGUACACAAAAGCAUGUGACUAAAGAGCAUUUUUACGACAAUUUCCUGUCACCCAUUCAGAUAUAAUAUGAAAAAUGCAGUCACUUACAUAAUCGUAACUUCUUCCAACCUAUCCGUUUGCUAAUGAGUGAGUAGUGGUGUAAAUAUAUGCUUCAAAAUUCGACGUUCAGAAGCACCAAAAAUCGACAUUUACAGAGUAAUUUCCACUUAUACAUGGACGGAAAAAUUUAGUAAGACCCGAAACGCACUGAAUCCUUCAUGAGAGCACCUAAUAAUUAUGCUCAUAGGCUGCAAAGAAAUGGUUCUAACCACUUUAAAUCUUUCACUUUUCAUUCGAUGUGUACGGUCGUUGACUGGCUAUCGGUGGUUUUUGAGAGCAACUUAAAACCCCGCGUAAGUCGUCGAGUAUUCCGUGGUUUGAAUAGCACCAUUCAUGUACAUCGUUCCUGGCAACUGCAAAUAACCCAUACUCGUUAACUGGGCGUCAAACUGUCCCCAGUUUUAUAUCUAGGCUACGGACUGAACAAAAGAUCAGAACGGUGUAUCGUCGGAAGCUAAUAUGAAAACGUUCGUGCCGUUGUGUUUUUCUACUUUUGUUGCCUGAGACUAGACUCUAAAUUAUAGUCCCAAGAACAUGCACAAAAAUGUAGUGUCUCGACCCUGCCCAGCUUUUACACUAAAGAGAUCGUCCAGAGGGCAGGACAAAGCUCUGGGUUGUCUGAAAGGCAUCGCUACAUCGACUCAGGAAGUAAAGCAUUUGAGGUUCGUGGUUUAGUCCUGUCUGGAAGAACGUUUAAUGAUGCAACAUUUUCCUUUUUUUCCAUAGAAGAUCGUAGUUACGAGCGCGAUGCUCGUCGGACUUCCUACGCAAGAACCUUUGUCCAAUUUCGGAUCGCUUUGGUUUUAGUAAAAAUAUUCGCCGAAUUUAAAGACGCCAAAAAUUGCACAACCUAGGAAAAAUUCAUUUUGACAGGAAGCCUAAUAAAACAAAAUUAAAAGCGGGAUUCGAUUGAGUAACAACCCGACAAAUGUGUGGCAUCGCGUCGGAUAUCGCACUACACUUCACGCUUAUGAUCCUAAAAUCAGGAAUAUAAAUAAUGUAUAGAAGUAGAUGAUCUUGUUAUCUUUUACAAAUAAAAAGAAAUACCAAGAAAUGACCUCAGCCAUGAGGAUAACAUUACGGCAUCAGUAAAGAGGCUUAAGGAAACCUGCCAAGUAGGUCUUGCAUGUUUCUCGGCGACAACUGUUCGAAUUUUUUUCGUUUUGUAGAAAACCGUGUGAUCGACAUUCACUUCGGCCUGGGCGAACUCGAAUGGGAAUCCAGACUGAACGUUGAGGAAUGGCAGAAACUGGAUAGACAAAAACGAUCACUAGAAAAAUUAUUUGAAAAAACCGAUUUGCAGGCUCAAAUCGCGCAAGAGUGUCUUUACUACCGUGAGAAACGACAGGACGUUGAUUUGGUUCACGAUGUUGCCGAGAAGUCACUCUUAGCGGUAAGAAUAACGCCUUUAUAUAUUUCUGGAUAGCACGUGAGAUUUCUUUUAGCUUGUCUAAUAGUGAAAAAAUGUGUUUCUGAUUCCGACCUCCGUAACGAGACAAAGAAUACCCUUAACAAUACCCCACGUAUCCCUUCUGCAGCACGCAGGAUUGAGGCAAAGAGUUUUGGCUGUUUCCAGCGUUGAUUCGUGGUACUUCAGAUUUGCGCGCCUCGCUCUUAGAUUUGGCUCUCCCAGACGAUGGGUGUCUUAGCUUGCGGCCUUAGUUUUCACGAAAGUGGGUCACACCUGCUGUCUCGGGUCGAGGUACCCCAAGACGCAAGAAUUCAUUUGCAGGUGCGCGGGGAAAGUCUCGAUGAUAUCCCUGUAACAGUGUCACUUUCCGUUUUGUCCAUGAGCACUUGUAGCAACGUCGUUUAAUAGCCGUUGUGUGGGCGCCUGUCAGCAUCGUGGUCAUAACAUCGCAAUUGUAUCUGUCUCAGCAUGGAGUGAGCAGGGAAGAUGUCGUUUCUUUCCGGGAUCUCAAUGCCGGACAUCCCUUCUAACUACUCCACAUUCAGUGUUCUCCGGAGGCUGCUGAGGUGAAAUAGCUGAUUGUUCUUCCUUGUCUUCCAUAUUUCCGCCCCUGAGUCGGAGGGUUGCCAGAGCAACAGCUACGUUCGUCGUCACUUUUGCAUUGAGGAGGAUGCCGCAGUGAUUUCAGACGGAGUGCUUUUAGCUGGCCGAAGGUUUGGCUAACUUUCGUGAUCCGAUUUGUACCUUCGUCGCAGAGCCCGAUAUUUCUUGAAAUCAUACCGCGCAAAUGGACAAAUUUUGUCUACAAAUUCCGGGCAAGUUCCGUUCAUGCUGAUUAAAGGCUAGUUGUGCUCAUCAUUUGAUGGUGGCUAAUGCAUGACUACCAUCUUCGUGUUUAUGAUCAGGCCGAAGUUUGUGCAGCCAGAGACUGGGAGGUCCAUGUUCCUUUACAUGUCCACUUCCGCUACGAUGUCGAGCGAACAAGAAGAUCAUGAAUAGCGGUCACGGAGACUCAUGUGGUUUGCCUGUGUACGUAAAAUAUCAGACAGUUGUUCGUCAGUACGGCAGGCGAUGUUGGUUCCUGGCAGCUCCUCACAAUAGACUUCAUUCAGCGUUGAGGAGCAUGCGAAAUUGAAGAGGGUGGGAACAAGCACACAACCCUGCUUUACUUCAUUUGCUAGCGCGAAUGCUUCCCAGACUGCCCCUGUCUGUGACGCGUGCCGCCAUACCGUCGUGUAAUUGGCUCACUAUCUUCAUAAAACGUUCCAUACAUCCUAACUUCGACUUGGUUUUCCGGAGUCCAUAGCGGUCGACCACAUCGAGCGUCUAUGUUAAAUUUGCGAAAAUGGUAUAGAGGUUGGUCCUCGUUUUUUGGUAGGCUGGCAGCGAAAGCCAUGUCGAUGUUUCUGCACUUCCCUGCCCGUGGCUCAAUGGUAGAGCGUCAAACUCCAUGACCAAAGAUCCCGGGUUCGAAUCUCAAGUGAUCCACGCUUGGGGUUGGGUAUGACUGGCUGAUGACGGCUAAUGAGCCAGAAAUGGCCAUUCCGGUCUCCCUUGUCUUUGUCGGCUCCAUCUCAUCUAUGUCUACUACUAGUCGCUGUGCGACUGCCUGCGAGGGUUCUAGUAUGAGCCCCAAGGCACAACGGAACGAGCAUGUUCCGUAACCUGAUCGGUGAGCGCCCACUAUCAUAAUAUAUAUAUAUACAUAUAUAUAAAACUGUGGUUCCCGAGAUCGCCUUUUCUUCUCAAUAUAUAUAUAUAUAUUGGCUUUUAGAGAGGAUUUUUUGCCUCCGGUGAAGAUGUGGGCGAUUGGGCGAGACGUAACCAAAGAAAACGCUUCUGGUUUUGAGGAAAUAGAUGACUCGGUGAUAGUCACAGAGUUGUCUGCUUCUUUUGCCAUUGUAUGUAAAGACCAUGAUGGCACCCAUAACGCAUUCAGAAAUGUACUUGUAGCAACAUCUCCUAAAAUAGCUAAGCAAGUUCUUUCAUGAGUUGUGACUUCUAGAUUACAACUGAGGGUGAGUUAGCGCACAGACCUUUUCGACUGGCCAUUUGGUCCACAAAUUUAUAGCGAGAGUGGACGGUCGACGUUUGAUAGCUUUUCCGCUGACUGUAGAGGGCUAAUUGAGGACGUCUCUGAAGUGCUCAGCCUAGAGCUCCGGAAUUUUCAAUACCUCCGUUGGGGGAAUUUAUUCAUCGAGACGGGUAGUGGCAAAGUCGCCCUGAUUUGUGGUCGCAAACCGCCUUAACGGAAAAGAGAAAGUUCGUCAUUUUGUUGCGGUCUGCAUACCUUUGAAUUCCCUCAAUCUUGAGAGCCAUCCUAACCAUUUGCAUCUCCCUGAUUCGUUGCGACGUCAGGCUUCGACAUCGAAAGAAAGCCGCCAUGUCGACCUCGAGUCCAUGAGUGGCGUAAGUCGCGUAUAGCCUACCCUUUUGGAAGAGCGGAUUGCGGACCUCCUUGUCAUUGCCAUCGAACCAGUCCUUCAGGUGACGGCGUGCACGACUGAGUACGUCUGGAGUAGUGAAGUGGAUGACAGUCGGCAGUUGAUUUCAUUUCGUCCUAAAAACGGUGCUCGUAUCUGGAGCUUGAAUUUGAUCCAGACGGAAAGUCAGGCGAUUGCUAGAAUCUAACUGGCCGUCUGCCAUAUCCAGUAAUAUAGUAUUUAGCUUACCUAGCGUACGCUUACCUCGCGGACGCCUGUGGGGUAGCAGUUGCUAUCUCAUUCGGGAAACGACGAGACAGUGGUCCGUCAAGCAGUGUGAACUACACAUUACAUUGGUCACUAGCAUAUCGCGGUCACACCUCGGAUGUGAACGCAGUCCAGCAGAUGCCAGCGACGCGAGUGAGUGUGCAUUCACGUCGCUUCCUCAUGCAUCAGAAGACAGAAGGAGGCGUUGACCGAGGAAAGACUGUGUUUCGCACAGGCCUGCAGGGGAAACAACCGUUUACGUUUCAAUAGCCGAUCCCAUGAUGACCGAGCACUCCCUCCCGGGCAGCAUGGUCUGUGCUGACGGGGGUAUUGAAGUCACCAAUGUCAGUAUGUCAGUCACUAGGAAAGCGCGCCCGCCCUCGUUGAACUUGUUCUUCAUGUCACGAUUGGUCAUUGAGUGGAGGGCGUAGGCACUGACGACGGUAGUUAAUUUGCUCCUGCUAAGAGGCAGAUAGUGUAAAGUCGUGAGACGUUCACACGGGAGUUCUGUGGCAAGCAGAGUAUUUCUCCCACGACGUCGCUCCUGAUGGUGAAGGCGAAUUUGGUGCCAUAUGGCUCUGUUUCUGGACGUCCGCUCUAGACAUCCUCAUCUGAUCCAGCCCGUCGAUAAAGAACGAUAACUGAAGUGCGGCCACUGUGCUGAUCAAGGUCUUGUGGAGCCACAGAUGACAUUGGGUUGGCCAUUUCUGACUUAUUUUCUGUAGUCAAUAUAGUCCUACCCGAUCUAUUCAUACGCAUUUGCCGGUAUAGCAGAAAUAGACUGCAUCCCAACUGGUGCAUCAGACUUCAAAGCUUCCUCCUUACUGCAGAAAUAACCAACCCUGUCCUUGUGGUAUACAAACUAGACGCACAAAGUUUUUGUCGGUUUGUAGGUAAUAACCAAAUUCAAUUAAAAAGGCAAAACAUCACCAUUCUACCUGUAGAUGAAGGUUCCUUCCCGAUCACGGAAGAAUGUUGUCAGUGUUAAAAUGCAGAUUCGAAACGUCCAUUUACAACGUAUUAAAACACCUCAUUACCCCCCCCCCCCAAAAAAUAUACCGAACCAGUUCUUUCCAGAUCCCUAAAAUAGGAUAAACCAACAAUUGUCAAGAUAGAUGCAAUUUUUAAUUUUCACAAAGGCGACAUUUCGCUGCGGCCGAUUGUGUUUAAUUGGUGCAAAUCGCCUUCUUUUACGUCUCGUCGGACAGAAGGAAAGAUUAAUGCUAAACAUCCGAGUUAUUCCUCUGAAUGCUAACUCUGUAUGCAACUUCUGAGUUAUUUAUGUCACCGGCGCCUUUAGCUCCUCCAGUAAGCUUCUGGUUCAAAAGUAAAGGUUUUGAAGUAUUCCUCAUCAAGACACGUAGUUUCAUGCCGAAUUUAAUGGCUAAGGCCAUUUCUAAGACAAUUUCAUCGUUUGACUGUUCUAAGAUGUCCACGAUGUGUUUAUGCUGUUGUUUAGGUGACAAAACUACAUAUGGAGCUUGCAGUUUAGACCCAGGAUACUGUAUCCGUUUCACGAGCUCUUAUCCGUUAGUGCGGCAUUUUGUCCCUCAAAUAAUUGUCCUUCGCAAGCUCUGGCCAGUCCCAAGGGGUCUGCGAUUUAUCAAACAACUUUGCGUCAGUAGACAGCUCACACUCCGACUUAUCUCUUUGAUUGAGCCGGCUGCCCACACCUGACUAUCCUGCUUCAACACUAAUUGUGAAAAACGAAAAAUGACAAUCUAUCCAUCACGUCGAAGGUGGCUCGGAAAACGAUCGUUUUUGGUACCUCUUAUUCAAGCCAUCACGGUUGUUAUGGGAAUAAAGCACACAGGCCUAAAAAAAGGUUAGGGUAACUAACAGAUUCGAAGAUUAGUUUUAGACGGGGUUGAGAAGGGGAGAAGACAGAGACGAUAGAGUAAUUUCUUCGCGUUACCAUUGCUUCUAUCGUCGGCGGGAUGUGUUGGCUUAGCAGGAUUUUUUGACAGCCGGUACCAGAUGACCGUUGUCAAUGUGGUGUCCAUGGGCAGAGUAUAAGCAUUUUUUCCGUAAUGCGGUACAAGACACGGCGACAGGUUUUCUUGGCUUGUUUUGCGGAAAAUCAGACGUCCGACUAAUGUAUGUUGCUCCAACAUGACGGGCGGAGUCAUAGAUCUACAUCGGGACAGUCCGACACGAUAAUAAAAAGGAAUUCAUAUCAUAUGAAGGACAGAAAAGUUGCUAAGCAACAAUGUAUAAUGCAUGCGAACAGCCUGUCACGGUCAGUUUUGUCAUUCACGAACGAACACUAUAUCGUAGUAAACAUCUUCGGCGGUUUAAAAAUAGCUACAUUAGCUAGCUGAUUAAAUACUGAAAAUUGUCUUUCGCCAACCAAUAAUUUGUUCGGCUUCAUAUUAAAGCACAGUCGUCUUGAAUCCGAAAGGAUGAUGUAAAUCAAGAUGGAACCAGGGGGCUUUUUACGAUAUACCUGAUUCCUUGUAGUGGCCAUUUUUUAAAAAUUAUCUUGUAUAUGAAUUUAUAAUUAAAUCUAAAUCUUCGAACAAUUGUUGGUUCGUUACUUCAAUUGCAUCUGUCUGCUCAAGGAACUGGACACGGUAAGAUGGUGCCAAGAGGGAUUGCGCCAACUAAUAAAGAGAGCCGAAAACGAACUCUGGUAAGUCGCUGAUCUUUUGAACGAAAAACAGAUGUAUCUUUGUGAAUCUUUUGGAUUUGUCUCUCUAUUUUAUCCAUCAACUUAUAAAAAAGCACUUGAUUGCACUAUAAAACACUUGAAUCCAUUACGUGUGCAGGCGCUUGGGGACAUUGCCACAUACGUAUGCUUUAAGUCGGUUGAAAAGCAUUCCCUACGGACGACAUUACAAAAAGGCGAAUGUUGCAAACAAGGCAGAAUUUGAAGGGUUUUGAAAAUUCCCAUGGGAAAAUUCAAAAGGCACUUUGGCGAGCACACGUCUGUUUUUGACAAAUUCUCUUCAGGCCUGUACAUUUAUAUGACUAUUAAACUAAUGGAUUAAAAAAUACGGGCAAGAAGAUAAUAAUGCUGGGUUAAGGUCAUCUAGGCCUGCCCGAUCUAUUAACACACAUUUUCCGGUAUGGCGGAAAUAGACUGGAGCACAGGUCCGACAGUUGCCAUGGUUCAAAGCCACCAAGCCAGCCACCCGCAUAUAAUUACCUUCACCGGGACCCACCUUCUUCCGCCGUUGACUAAAAUUUUGGGGUUCCACUCUCCCCCCUCCCCUUCCUUCCCCAUACUCGAGCUACUCGAAAGCCGGCAUCCUCAGGUAACUGAAAUGUUAUAGAAUUAUGCCGCAAAUAUUUAAUUGCAUAACUCUACUUAAGCAGUGAUUUCAAAACAAACAAAAACGGACUAGAUCGCAGUUGGUAGCCAGGAAUGGGGAAGCGGACGGUGACCAUAACUCUAAUCCUAACCUUAACCCUAAUCCUAACCUCAACCUUUAACGUUAACCGUUAACCUUAAGAGCAACACUAACCCUAACCCAAAUCGUAAACGUAAUCGAAGCCCUUAGGCAUAGCCGUAACUGAAAACCUAACCGUAAUACUGAAACCUAAUCGUACGCUCAUACCCUAACCGUACCCCGAAAACCUAAGCCUAAAGGCAUAACCCUAACCCGAAAAUCGGAAACCAUUAACCGGUAACCGAAUCCUAACCUUAAACGUAAAACCGAAGCCAAAUGGGUCUGAUGUGAUUAUGGAACCCCACAAAAUAGCCCCAGUAAACAACCCCCCCCCCAGCCACCUGUAAUACGGAGCCAGGCUACCAGCUGCGAUCUGGCCUAGUUAUCUACUUCCCGUAUCUUUUAAUUCACUACUUCACUAGCCAUGUAAAUGUACAGUCCCGAAGAAAGUAUAUCGAAAGCAGACGUAUGCUCGCCAAAUUGCCUUUAGAAUUUGAAGGGUACGCCAUACUGGGAGCGUACGUACAAGCUAAAAGUCCAGGCACGUGUCUUGCAAAUCUUUUUGCCGUUGCGCGACGCAAAAGUAAGUGUAUGCGGUCCUUGUUUAGUUUAGAAUUAUGCACACGGUAUUUGGAGGCAGGAUAGGGAAUUCAAACGAGACAAAAUCACUGAACGAAGAGGUCAUAGGGUGAGGCCGGUGAACGCGAUGGAGGGGGAGGGGGUACGUUUACCCCUUUCUGACCACCAGGACAGUACGAAGUUGGGAAUGUGAUGAAGCAGUUCGCAGAACAAUGACUGGCCCCUCCGCUUUUCUGUGACCCCCCGAAUUACCUAGACGAUGCGCUGUCACCGCGCCUAAACGGAUUUUAAACACCGGCUUCGAAACGGUAGUGGAGAUAGUGUGUUCACAAAGUGCUUCCUCACCGAGCUUAUCUGCAUCCUGUUUUCUGCUCUUACCAGCCACUUUAGCACUUGUUCGGCCUUACGGACUGCUAACCGUUUUUGCAUAAUCCAAUGUAUUUGAAUCCACAACUGCAUAUAAAUUCGCAGAAAAACGGGGACGUCUUUGAUAGACCCGACCAGAACUGUUCUUCUACAAGUUAUGAACACGAGGGUGGCGGUAAUGCAUGUCUGCCUAAUCGUGCUACAGAGUCUUUCCCUGAUUAUACUGGGAAAGUUAUUACGCUUGAAUGGGAAGGUGAUUUUGAGUGUAUCGUCGGGACGGGUAAUCCCGUUACUCAUACUUUCCUGGCAUGACAAGAGUUCUGUAUGCACUAAGAUGUCCUUGAGGAAAUUGUUCCCUCAAUACGAAUUUAGGAAGAUUACACUUAUAUGGGAGGAGUAAAGUGCCGGAACGCCAAAUUUAUCUUCUCCUGAAUGAGGGCAAUACUCUGCAGGCGAUGAUACUGUCCUUGGCGACUCCUGAUAAAUGGGUAUGUAGACAAACCCACUUUCCCUUGUGCAUAAGAAGAUACAAGAAAGUUAACAUACGCUAAUGUUAAAGCAUUAAUUAAAUGUUUUCACGUAGUCUGCAUGUUUCCGUCUAUUGACGCGGAAAUGUCACCAAUAAAAUUGAUACAAAACACAGCUCUCAGGAUUUUGACAAAUUUUGGUUCAGUAAUACCCCCUUCAGUAGAGCCCGAUGAACUGUCUACGGUUACUCCAUUGGUUGGCCUACAAAACGGUUCAUUAAAGGACUCAACGCGUGUUGUAUACAACUGUGCUAAGCUACGCAACUGCCAUGGUUUAAAGUGUACUUAAAACUCACGAUGAUAUAUUAUUUCAAUGCCUUCAGCGAGCUUCAAAUUGAUGUAGAGACUCUACAAACUCAGUAAAAUCUUAUACCUGUCUCAUGGGUAAAAGACUCUUAAACCGUUUACGAAAACAUGUCCUUCAUUGCGUACACAACAAAAUUUAAACGAAAUAGGUCGACUUGUUUGGCCAAACAUUAUUCGACGUCAUGCCAUAGGGCAAUUUUCAUUGACAAAAUAGGAGCAGCGACACGUCAGUUUUAUGCAUUUUAGGCAGUUUAAAUAAUUUAGGAAUAUGUGCAUACAGAGACCUGAGAGAUGUAAUUUUUUUUCGUCUAUGACCUUAUUUCCAUAGCGCUUUCGACUUCCUGCAGAUAAGUUCCUCUAGGCGGCUUCAUGCGUCUUAAAACCGAGCUUUUACUUGUGACGGAAUUAAUUUCCGUUUUAUAUGCAGAAACUCAGAUUCAAGACGCAAAUCCCAGCCCGCAGUCUCAGGCCAAAAAUGUCAAGAAUACAGUCCUUAGGAUCGGUUGUCUAUUCAGUGUCCGGGUUAAUUUAGUGUUGCACGACUGAUUUGUCUUAACUCACAAAUAAAACACGUGUAUCAUGAUGUUUGACUACCAGAUCGAGGUGACCGCAUUCAGAAGGUGUGUUGACCAAUUUAACUGAGAUCGAUUCUGCGAGAAAAUAGCCAAAUUUCACGAUUGUGACGAAUCUGCCUAGCCCCUUCUCAUUUGCAACCCUCCACCAACCAAAAUCUAGAAAUAAGCAUAGCUUUUAGUAAAAUAUGGACACGAAAAUGAGGAGUUGGAUGAUAUGCGGUCAGUCAAAGAGGGCGAAAUUAGCUGAUGUCAAUACUAGCAUUCACAAAAAAAUGCGUCAGGAACCCCUGUUAAAAGUUUGGAGCAGGUAACUUGGGGAGUUUAGACCGACCAAGUUCGUCACCUGUACUGGCCGGCAGGUGAGUUUUCUGCGGAGGAUUUCUUGUAACAGCAUGAAGAGAAGAAAGUCAACUGGUCUACAGUGAUUUCUGAGACAUUGCCCACAGUAUUGGCGCAGUCUUUGUCUGCCUUCUUCAUAAUGGUCUAAUUUACCCAAGGAACAGGUCAUUUGGAUAUCGGCAGCGCAGUGCAACGUGCAACUUCUCAGAACGACAUCUUCAAAAAGUUUCAAGACGAUGUGCAGCUUUAAAAGUGCAUUUAUCAAUCACAGGGUCCCUAGACGUGGGCCAAACGAACCUGGCAAAUAAUUACGACUUUUUGAUGCUGUGAAAUUUUCGGACUGAUGUUCAUUUAAAAUUAGGACUUCAUAAUUGCAAGGGUCACAGACGAUGCGUCAACCGUAAAAAGAAUUGAUAUGACAAUUGGAGUGAGGCAGGCAUGAGCAAUUCAGUCACCGGCAGUCCACAGUGCUGAUGGACGUAUAAUGGAACAAGCAGCAUUGGAUUGACAUGAACUGCCCGACUAAUGGAUAGUUACUCGACAGUCGACAAAUAACGAGAUAAAUCAAAAGAUCUAAGGCCAGGAGAGAAGAACUUUAUUCUGAAGACGACAGGAUACUUGAGGUCAUUAAAAGAAUAAAUAUAGAACACAUCAAAAGUGUCUUUCAUUCGGAUGGGGAAAUCUUGUGCUGACUUUCAACACGGAAAAGGUGAUGCUGUGCACCAAGCAGCGCCAACUGCGGAUUGCCUCAUAUGCAAGGUGACCGUCGACAAAAGUCCCCAGACGGGAAUCAACAUCUCGAGAAUAAUCAACAUCGGCAAGUAAACUGUGGUCUCGAUCUCUAGAGCCAGGUAUGCCUUCAGUAGGGUGCAGUUUCAGACCCCGAAAAAUAUUUCCAACAAGGACAAAAACAGUUUCGGAUGCUCGCGGCAUCCUCCUCAGCAUGAAGCUGAGGACGUUUAGGAUUGCCAUUCUGAAAAGGAUCCUUUAUGGGGUAGAGACCAAGACUGUUUUUCAAGGCCAGCGGAAGAAGUGAGCCGGUUCCAAUUCAACUAAUUUCGGCGGAUACCGCGCAUGCAUUGGUCAGAGCGGAUCCUUGGCAUCCCGGAUCAUGGAAUCGACUGACAUGCUCAUCGGCUUUUUCAUACUGAUGCAGAGUCUAAAUCAAUGGAAUGACAGCAUCGUGAGGAUAGCCGAUGAGCACCUAACAGGGACUCCGUUACGGUCUCUCGCGAAAAAGCGACGCACAAGACCUCACCCAGUGGUCUCAAAGCUAACAAAAAUUCUGGAAAAUGCCUGUAUAUGUCUAGCAACUUGGAAAUAUUGUUGAAUAGCCAGCAACGAAAUUUUCUAAACGGACCGAUUGCAGAGGCUAGGGUAAAGAGGCAAGGAAAAAGGAUUUGGAUAUAGUGACUCAAAACCUUUUUGGCAAUAGCCCUACUGUGAGCGCACGCUCAAGCACUGAUUUGACCUUGUUGCAUGCCUUCUUACUCACAACAAUGUCAAAACAUCUAACUCGCUCCGGUUUUAUAGAACGCUGUCAUUUUUUAAGAAACUUCACCCACUCCAUCGCGUAGCCUCCAUAUGUUACGGUUACGGUUCACGCUUAAUAACCGCAUUACUUAUGCCAUCAGGGCAACUGAUAACAAUGUCGGAACAGUUCCAACCUGUUCCUCCUACAACCACCCAUUAACUUGGUUGUACAUCCGCAAAUUCACUGUAUCAUGACUAUGGAACUGCUUUAAACCUCCCCCCAACAUCCGGAAAGUUCCUUCUAUGUGUCCUUGGACAACCUGAUCCAGCGAUGCUUGUCUCCAACGUCGACCAACAUAGGUGGAACACUCCACAAAAUGGCUGCACCAACUAGACCCACGCACAUUAUGUCCAACUACAAAUUUCUUUGCAACCACAACUUUACUCUUGGAUCUUCGCCAUUUGCCUAACAUCCAGUUAGCCUCUUCCCACCCUCAAUGAUCAUAUCCUGUCGAACGGCAGCGUCAGCAGUGACACUCCAUCCAUCGGACAUCUCCUAUCGCACCUACCACCAGAGCACUCCAUUCGCCACCCUAGUAUUAAGUGCGUGUGGUGUACGAGCUGUCGUGAGUGGGAACCCGCAUUGUAUUUGUACGGUCGCACCAGGUUCAUCGAUGGGUUUGGACUAUUAUGACCUGCUACACAUGCGCUUCCGACAAUUUCCAUGUACGAAGGUGUGGAGUAGGCAACGCCAACUGGGCCUGGUAGUGCAGGCACGACUAUUGUGUUAAGAAGCACCUAUAGGCAGUAUACUGACCGUCUCCGCCGAAUGAAUAGUCCUGGGGACUACUUUUGCUUCGCCCCGUAUCGGCACCCAACUCCCACGAAGUCGUGCUUAGCACAGCGGUCACAACCUGGUAACCCUCUUUGACAGGCGAGGCAACCCAAAUGAGAAUGGCCAUUGUGUACCUGCCUUCACGGUCGGUAGUCCCUGAACUGCUUUUAACAUUCCCUCUCAACCCCGAAACAGAAAUGUCCUGCGGAGAGGACGACAUGCCAUUUCCUAGACAGCCCGGGCUAACUCGGCUCGUCUUUGCACUAAAGUCUUGACGCAUAUUGACCUUCAACGACAGCCUGGGAUGUCGUAGUAAUCCUGUUUAGGGAUAGCACUGUUUAUUCCUGGCAGGGUGGGGGCCAGCAAAGGUGCUCUUAAAUUUCUCCUUAAACACGCCUUCGGCAAUCUAAGUGUGGCUUGUAGACGCAAAAAAUUACGAUCAAAAAUUAUAAAAAACGAGAAACGCCGUCCCCUUUCUAGUGCCCCUCGAAGCUGUCAGCGUGAACAGUGUCACUCUGGCGACCCGGAAUGUUCGUUUACUUCAAGGAAAUCCGAUGAUCUACCGUUCGAAAAGGAGAAGGUGAACAUCGCGGCCCUCGCUUGACUCACUCCUCUGAGCAGACCCAGCUGGAGAAGGUGGAUGUCGGAUACAUCGUUCUCUGGAGCACACAUCCAAAGGCAAGGCGAUAAAAAGCCCAAGUCGCCUUCGCCAUCAGUAAAGACAUCGUGUGACGGCUGUCCUGCCUGCCGCAUGGCGUCAAUAGCUGCUUGAUAAUCAUGAGAUUGACACUCCGCGAGAGCAAAUUCGCCAUCAUCGUCAGAUCCUAUACCCCACCAGUGACCAACUCCGGUGACGUGAAAAACAAGUUCUAUGAAGACCUGCACGCCCUCCUAGCAGCUAUGCCAAAGACGGACAAACUGAUUGUCCUUGGUGACCCCGAUGCCCGCCUCAGCACAGAUCACGCUGCCUGGGAGGGAAUGUUCGGUUGCCAUUAGAUCUCAGUUGCGAUACCAAUGGCCUUCUCCACCUGCAGGUAUGUGCGGAACGGAAUCCUCUCCCAAUCGUCAGUAAAUCAGCAUAUUCCGAUGGAGGCGGCUAGCACAGCAGAGGCUGAGGGAAAUCCCGAACGACUGGCUGACUCUCAAGACUAAGGAGGCCCAGGGAUAUGCCGGCUGUGGUGAGGUGAAAAAUUUCUUUGCUGCUAUCAAAGCAGUCUACGGUCCACAUGUCAAGGAGAAUGUGCCACUGCUGAGCCAGGAUGGUGCAACCUUCCUGACAGAGAAGUCACAGAUCCUGAAGCGCUGGGUCGCGUACCCGCGCACUUCUAGGGCCUCCUCAACCAUCCUUCGACAAUGUGCGAGAAAGAGGACAUGAGGCGGAAUGUAGGCCUAUUCGCCUCCAAUUGCUCCAAAUUCGGCAUGACUAUCAGUACGGAGGCGACACUGGGCCUGUACCAGCCAGCGCCAAAUGCCAACCACACCGAAUCCUGCGUAAACGUUGAUGGAACUUAUCCCACAGCGGUGUAGAAAUUAGCGUAUAUUGGUAGUACGAUUUCUAGAAACGUGGAGAUUGACAGCGAAAUCAAAUUCGGCUCUCUAAAUUCCGCCAAGCCUUUGGCCGGGGAAAUCAUCCCAUCUGGAACCGUUGCAGCAUCUUUGUCGACACAAAACUGAGGAUAUAUAGAACUGUUGUGCCGACAACGUCCUUGCACGGGACGGAGACGUAGAUUGUUUAUGGAGUCGAAGAAAGGCAACUCAGUCAUUGUCACCCAAGCUACCUCCAAACAAUAUUAACGGUAAAGUGUCGGGAAAGGAUCCCAGAUACUGAGGUCAUAGGAAGAAUCGGUUUCCUCAGUAUUCUUUCUAUUCUAAGCCGGAUACAACGGUGAUAGAGUAGUCACGUAGAGCAGAUAAACUGCGAUCGUUCACCCAAACGGCUAUUCUAUAGCGGCGUGGAUAUAGAGAUGUGUUGACAAGGCGACCAGAAGCAUUGCUGCAAGGACAGCUUGAAAUCUCACCUAGGCACCUACAAAUCAAGGAGACCUGGGAUGAACCCGUUCAAGAUCGACAGGGAUGGUGCACUGUCGUGAAGACUGAAGUGGCCGCCUUCGAAACUAACCGAAUAACCGUUGCCAGGGCGAGAAGGGAGGUCUGAAAGACUCGAAAAUGCGGACUAAUGAGGCCAGCACUCAAGCCCUGCUCGGUCAAACACUAUCAACGGGCAUUUUGGGCAGGGAUCGGCCUUGUUGGACAUCUGCGGACCCAAUGCGCUGUCAACAUGACCCACCCACCCUUCAUCUCGCAAUACACCAACCUUACUAACACCACGACGGAAACGCCUACCGACCUACAAAUCUGAAGCAUUUUUCCCCGGUAUGAAUUGAAAACAAGCAUGUACAGCAGAAUUUAUUGGGGCCAACAAAUUUCGUGACGGCUUUUCAACUACAACCCGUCUCUGCAAAACAUAGGUAACGAAUGAACGCGCACAGCAGUAUGAAUUUGUACAGAAUGGCAGUGCAUAGGAGCAAGGUCAAAGUUCAAAAUAAUCAAUAAUCAGCUAAGACGUCCACAUAAGAUUCAAAAGGAAAAAAGGAAAACGAAAUGUUAACAACAAAUCACAGUUAGAUGAAAAUAGAGGCGUGAGAUUACCAGGGCAAUUGCAGAUUGAUCACGUGAUCUAACUGCUUGCACAGGUCUGGUUUCUCCCUCCGUAUGUAGGCUGCUUCCAAAUAACCCAAGGUUCGAGUUGUACGUGCUCGGACAAGUACUCGAAAGGAUGCUUUAGGGUCGACAACAUGACCGCUAUCUAACAAGUGUUUCGGUAUAGACGAACGGGGGGUUCUAUUUUCCUGUUUGAAAAGCCAAUUAGGCAAAUGCUCAGCGGCCCUGGUUGCCAAUUGCCUUUGCGUUCGCCCAAUGUACUUGCAUCCGCAAGUGCAUGUGAAUUCAUACACACAAUUGGGGGUGGCGUGCAUUGGCAAGGCAUCCUUUGCCCGGUUAAUUGGAAGGCUUUUUGUGGAACUGAUGAAGAUAAGCUCUGCUGCGUUGUACGUUCUUUCUAUAGUGCAACGCAAGCGUCGCUUGAUUGUGUUUGAGACGUUGUCACCCUUAAAAGGUAGACAUAUUAUAACGGGCUUCUUCGGAACGGACUGUUCCGUCAACUUUGGCCGUAAAUGGUUGCUGUACUUCUGAAUGAAGCGUGCAGGAUAACCACGAUUAAGUAAGGCUUCUUUGAUAAGGGCCGUCACGAAAUUUGUUGGCCCCAAUAAAUUCUGACCUACAAAUCAUCGCCACUGCCUCUGCCAUCACCAAUAAGGACCAAUGUUAAACCCGUCGCCUUUGCCAUCUCAUCGUCUCAGCAAGCAUAGACCUGGACGGUCAUCUACAAAUCCGUCACAUAGAACCGAACAGCCCGUGCAUUUAUCCACGACCUACAUCCGCCAUGCACGUCUCAUCUGCAUAAAAUACCCCAGGAAGUUCAUACAUCGCAUAGAUCUACUUGGUUAUGUGCUUGUCCGUUAUAGUGGAAUUCUCCACAACGUUGUCACGACAAAACUACUUACAGAUAAAUAUUCCUGUACCACUAACACUACCAACUCCGCGACCACCGGUGUUUCCACCACCGACAGUUCAACCGUCGUACCUUGCGACGCCCAGCGUGUGCUUCGCAGCCAGAUGAAGCAGGAACGGUGACUUGCGCACGAAUUACUUUAUAGCAAUGGGCAACAUCUACCGCGUUCUUCCCUCCUCUCCACCUGGACUCGGUGUCAAGACAUAGUCAAAAAGGUCGGAGGUGAGAAAGGGUGCAGGUGGUUGACACAACCGAACCCGCACCUGGAUGUAUCCCCGCACCCCUUGUUCUACAACAAACAGCUGACCAGGAUUUCAACCAACUACAGCAUCAAAACGGAUCAGAAAUAUGAGGAUGACUGGACAGCCAUGCACAGGAGCAUAUGCCCAGCGGGAGCGCAAGCGCAUCUACCGGCAGGAGGGCCAUGGCUUGCUGAUCAUGGGGUAGCAGACGCGUACAAUCCUUGAGGGUGACACGCAGCCCUGCCUUUACCCUGGGCCAUCACUCUUCAAAGGCCAGGUACCCACUCAGUCGUCGUCUGAGAUACUGCCAUCACCAAUGGCACCGACACCCCACCAGCUCACUAGCCACCACACAUUUGUAUUACGUAUCGGCCUGGUGGGGCACUUGCUGAUCCAUCGCACUAACGUCGGGAAGGACAGUACAUAUACAUUGGACCUGUUUCACCUGCACACUCUGCCCAAGAACAUUCCACUAUAGCAUUGUCCUAUCCAGCCAUAUGUGUCUUCAUGAAAAUCUUCGGCAAAACAUCGCAGACUUCACCCUGCCACCACAACCCGCUCCACCAGCACACACCGCACACGAACCCACACCACAACACGUACAGCACAGAGAGAGCGUGCACCGUCCACGUCAGCGAGAAGCAUGUUCUUUGGCGCAAGCUGAUGAGUGACCAGGUCGCCGGUGGCACAGGUUGUUCACCUCUGCCAGGCACUGCGCACGAGCAUGCCUCCGGUUAUUAUAGCGUUGUGUUGCCACCGGACCCAGAUGGGUGAGGAAGGAGAGGCUGCCCUAUUCUACUUCAAUAUAAGCUAAUUCACGCGCAAGUAAUUUUCUGACAUCGUUCACUCCCUGGGACACACAGGGGACAUCGUCGUUCGUGAUGGUCGGACCAACGUACAGUGAGUGACCUAUCUCAUGAAAUGUUGGCUGAAAUUGUGAAAUGCGUUUUCGAUCAGGAAGGAUUACUCGGUCGCGGUUGUGAUACUGACUAUUUUAAGGCAUACUCUUAUAACAUUUUGGACUCGGCAGACUGUCGGCUUUUAAAUGCACUUCUUUUCAAUCUCCUGUAGAAUGCGUGCUUGGUAAAAAAUGACUACUUAAGUAGCAUGCAUUUUUCCCAUUGAUUUUCGAUGGUCUUGGAAAUUCAAAUAUCUUUUACAGAAACCACAGACAAAAAUAUGCUUUCUUUUAGUCAAUCAAUAGAGAAUCACGUCUUCUUUAUAUUUUAUACUUAAGGAAGGAGUAUAAUUAGGUUUUAAAAAAGUUUCUAAUUAUGAGACUUUUUAAGACCGCACUAUGUCCAUUCACAUAGCAUCGCACCUGGCCGUUUACCGCUGCUCCUCAUGAGAUAUACAACAUGGUCCGCAUCCAUUGCAAAAUUUUAUGGACCCUGUAUGUAAUCUCUUUAAUGACAUAGAAAAAUAUGGGAUUUUCUUUACGCGAACGCAUGCACCUUGUAGAAUGUAAUCACUAAGCGCUAAUGCAACGAAUGAUCAGGCUCCAAAUUCUUCGGCAAUUGGAAAACUUUUUUAAAACUUAAUUAUACGCCUUCCUUAAGUAUAAAAUACAAAGAAGACGUGAUGCUCUAUUGAUUGACUAAAAGAAAGCAUAUUUUUGUCUGUGGUUUCUGUAAAAGAUAUUUGAAUUUCCAAGACCAUCGAAAAUCAAUGGGAAAAAUGCAUGCUACUUAAGUAGUCAUUUUUUUACCAAGCACGCAUUCUACAGGAGAUUGAAAAGAAGUGCAUUUAAAAGCCGACAGUCUGCCGAGUCCAAAAUGUUAUAAGAGUAUGCCUUAAAAUAGUCAGUAUCACAACCGCGACCAAGUAAUCCUUCCUGAUCGAAAACGCAUUUCACAAUUUCAGCCAACAUUUCAUGAGAUAGGUCACGAACUGUAUGUGGACGCUAUCAGAAAAGAAGUCUAUCGCCAGCAUCACCGAAACUGCGCUAAUAUGUCUUUGCUGCGACUACGGUCCUUUCAUGCCUUAGCUCAUUCUGACACCUAAAAUCCACUGUAACAGGUAUGGAGACUUCUGGCCAACAUUCGUCGGGUCAGUUUUCCCUUCACGUUCUACACCUGCACAUCUAACUUUCGCGUGGAUCUAUUCGAUUAUGCACGUGUAUGAACUUAUCCACAGAAGUAUACUUGUACUUGGUAUUGGCUGUGGCCAUGCUUGAUCUAGCUAGCCUAGAUGAUGUCACGGACUGUCCCUCUCCACGCGGGAGAAGCCUAGGACAGGUCAACCAAUAUUCUUUGCCAGCGACAAAUACCGAAUGCCCAAGAACCACGUCCAUGUCUCGACGGACUGUUUCGAGACAGAACUUGAGUUUAUCCCCUCCUUGAAACCUCAAGGGCAGCGGUACUGAGCUCGUGAGGUGGACGAGGAGAAAUGUGCCAAAGCCAUCUCAGUUGUCUUUUUUGGAUGACCUAGGAUAUACCCACGAUGUCACAGUGAGUGCGGUCUGUCUCAUUUGAGAAGAAGUCGGUGUACUUCACUCGAAGAAUGGUCUCCAAGGAAUGGUAGUUAAAAACCUCAUGUUUUCGUCCAUCUUUCGACCGCACAGUCCAGCAUUAACAACCGCAGGGAUGGACUGACCGGAUGGAUGCACGAUACACGCAAAUGUCUCGGAAAUGUCACAUGGGGUCCAUAGACACUCCCCAAGGCCUGAGAAAACCCAUUAUCAUUCUGUCCACUCAACAGGAGAAAUGUCCCCGUUUAUAUUCUUCAAUCACAACAAUCAUGGGAUACGGUGUACCGACGUCAAUAAUAACGGACAAUAUGUUGUGUGUGUGAAUGUCUGGGCAACUGUGUCGGGCAAAGUUCUUAGACAACACCAGCCACUGCGCCUAAUCUUCCUCCGCAUUCGCCUUAAUUGUGAUGUACCACUGAUACAUUGGAGGGAGAAGAGAUUGUCAGGAUGACCUAGCUUCUAUAUGAUCCAUUGUAUCCUCGCUGUAAGCAACCUGCUUGGCUUUAAGCAAUCGCGACAGGGCUUUGAACUUUGGGAACUGAUGGAAUAACACCGGCCUCAUUCGAACUAUGAGCCAUCUUACAAUUAUUUCUAUGCAAUCUGACCUUCGCAACAAUACUCUUUAGUCAUGAAUUCGGGAUCAAUUUGUUUUUAAACUGGUUCGUGUUCGUGCGGGGACCGGUGUGUGUGCGGUACACAUAGACCGUGAUUAUGCUUCGUUGACCAGUGCAAUCAGGUCUACUUCCAGAACUCUUACCACUGCCUUGUCAUUUGGGUAGUUUGAACGUUAAGCGAAGUUGGAGUAAAUGCGGAAAAACUGUCAAUUGCAAGAACCUCAACUAAUUCGUACAUUUUUACUGCGCUUUCUGGAUAUUAAUAGCCCUAGUCACUUGUAACGAAUGAACAGUUGAGUUGGUUGUAGCUGUCGCCAAGCAGCAAACCAUUAAAGCAUAUGCAAUAAAUGACUGGGGCUUUCUUUUUGUAUUUUUACAAAGCAGUUACUCUCAGGAAUUCCAUUUGAGAACUGAUAGACUUGAGUUAAAAUUCGUAUUUGUUUUCACCAAAGGAAUCAUCAUAAGUAAAAGACGACCUCAAUUAGCGGGGAGUUUUGAGCCAUGCUCCGAAAAUAACUGAACUAGUCAUUUUACCGCGGACUUUCCCAGAGUUUCGAGUAUCGUCGAAAAAACUAGUGAAUAAAACGAAUGCUUACUAGUAGAACGCCUGUGGUGCUUGCCCUGCAGGUUUUGUACACUGAGCCAGAGACAACACAAAACGAAGAGAUAGACGCCAUAAUUUACGACGAAGGAAUUUUAUGUAUCAAUCAGAUGAUGGGCAUGACCAAAGGCAUUACUGUGUGAAAUUUCAGGUCAUUACGGGAGGCGAAACACGUUCUGGAAAAGGAUAUGGCCGGCAAGUUUUCUGCUCAGGAAAUCGAUGUGAGAGCAGCAGAGCUCAAAAAUUCCUCCCCACAGCUUGGCAGCUACAGUGCGACUGAGCUCGUGGACAAAUGGUUUGAUCUAUAGCAUUUUAUACUUCGAUAAUACCAUUGGACUACGUACUUUUUAAGUUUUUCUGUGCUACUUUGAGCCAUAGACUUGAAGACAUAGUGAAAACUCCAGCGUUAUCAUCCUUCCUGCUUUUUAAGCGCAAAAUCGGCCGAGAAUGCGAAAACUGACAUUUAACCCGCUAUUGGCUACUCAGACAUACCGUUAUUCGCAUGCCAGUGAGUAGUACCAGUCCAUUAAACCAUCCAAGCCUUAAUUGUCUGAGUUUGAUCUGUGAACACACAAAAUAAACAGAUUUCGACCCUGAGAUUGGCCUCUAUAAGUAUCAGUUAAAAAUUCAGUUUUCGAAGAAGGGUUCCGGCGAAAAUUUGCCCCACAGGUGGACACGUUGGAACGAAACUAAACGAACUCACCUCCGUUUUUGCUAAACCAAACAUUCGUCAGUAAAUAAAUCGUUUACACUAAUACCGAUGUUCAGCCGCGGGAGGUUUCCGUUAUGGGGAUUUGUUUUUCGACAAAAAAGAGCCUUUCAAAACCUCUCAACAGAGUGAUGAAAGCCAAGCACAGGUGCUGUGAAAUUAUAUUCACUCCGAAAAUAGGGUCAUCUUCUGGCUUGUUCGUCGGUGCCAGCUAAUAUAGCGAAGCCAGUACGCUCAAAGUUAUCGGUAGUAUGUCAUUGCCGACAAUGACAAGGGAGACUGGAAUGGCCAUUUCUGGCUUACUAGCCGUCGACUGGCUGACAACGACUAAUAAACCAGAAAUGGUCACUUCAGUCUCCCUUGUCUCCGUCGGUAAUGACAUACCGCCUAUAUCAUGCGCCGCUGUGCGGUUGUUGGUUGGACUCGAGAGAGAGCCCGUAGGGCACAAUGAAACGAGUGUGUUCCGUAAGAACGAUCGGUGAGCGCUCCCUUCCAUCUUUUCUUAUCGUUUUGAUGCGAGAUAAGAAGACUACUUUGAGACUCACAGGAAAAACAGACUGGAAAGCAAAUAUCAAGGGGGCUGUGUAGCUUAAGUUAGGUAGAGGAAAUUGGAUGCAGAAACUAAUAACAAAUAGAUAUUCAGGUAUCUAGACACAAACCCACUUUUAUGCAAGCCGUCGAGUGAACCCCAUGAGCUUAGCUCAGGGAUAGGAACCGUAUUUACUAUAGCAAAGCUGGUACGCACAAAGUUCUUUUGUCAUAGUUUUGAUGUGAGAUAAAAGGACCACUUUGAGACUCAAGGGAAAAACACACUGAAAAGCAACUAUCAAUGGCGCAUGCUUUUCCAAACCGUCGAAUGGACCCCACGAAAUCACUUUGCAGGCAGAAGCAUCCAUCUUUUUUAAGGGACUAAUGUGUACGACAACAAACAACGUUAGUUAGAUAUUAGAUUUGAAUUUUUGACUGUAAACCGUGAAUGUCAAAAUCCAGUGCUUCUUACAGUAGGUGAUCGAAGUACGUCUGAUUGAAGAGAACUAUCUUGAUGUCUGUUGGUCGUCCGCAUGGUUGAAAUUAUGGUGAUGAAAUUACUCUCUUAUCACGAUUUUGGAGAGUUACUUAAACGACGUUUUAUUACAAGGAGGUGAAAGCGUUUUUCAAAUGUUGGUCGCCACUAGCAAUCGAUAGGUGGGGACCGUUUUUGCAGAUUGUGGAUUUCUGUGAGCCUAACUUUUAAAACGGAUCGCACACAUAGGCCAACCCAACUCUAAAAGAACUGUAAAUCAUUGUUUCCGCAUGAUUGCUGAUCAGCUUAAGCAGCCUUCGGGCGGUGAGAAAUUUAAGGUCGAGGAAUCACACUUAACCUGUCUGUGCGUAUUCAAUUUUUAGAUUCCUAAAUUCCGUUCGUUAACUUUCAACAUCUUGCCAUCCGCAGCUGCACAGUCCCUUUAACUUGGAAGGAGUUCACAAGUAAGAACUGCGAGGAGUCCAAAAAAUGUCGCCAGGUAAGCACCAAGUUACGAGAGGAAACUACACGUUACAUGAGAGCGGCUGUGAACGCACUGGCCAGCGGAUGGGCAGAAGCUAGCGCCGCUCUCUCAGCCCGCAUCCGUGAGGUGACGACAGCUAGAUGCGAGAUCGUAGAAAGCCUUGAAAAGGUGAGGCUCUUACAUAAAUUGUGGAACCAAUCUAAAAUAUAGACGUUAACAUAGCGGUAAAUUGGAUGUCUCAUUUUCCCAACAGGUUAUGACUGAGAUUUCGGAAGUGGAGGGUAACAUCGAAAUGUUAAAGAAGUGCAUUGCAGAGAAAGAGGCGCCGAGGCGAGUUGCAGAGACCCGACUGAGUCUACGAUUGAACCGUGCAGGUUAUGAGAACUGUCGGGAUUCUGCUUACACAAGGUAGGCUAAAUAAAUAAAGUCAAAAAGCAAACGGAUAAAGAGUAUGCAGACACUUAUUCAUAAAUAGAUUUCGCAUUCUAAUCUCUUCUCUAAAUAUCAAGCAAAGCUUGCCUUACAGUAAAUUAUCUCAUAACUUCGGCAAAUACGCAGAGGACACUACCGAGGUACGCCGAAAAACUAAACAGGGGAUUAUUAGGAAAAUGAAAGUCACAAAUAGCAUGAAAACUUAGUAGAGAACAGCUUUUGGUCAGACGAAUUAGAUGGAACGGAAAAAAUUUGGACAACUCAAACAUUCAAGUCAAUAAACUACCUGAAUAAUCAUCACAAUUAUGUUUCAUAGUCCAAUACCAGAUUUCAAUAAGUCUAAAAGACCGGAUUUGUGUGUUCACCCACCUCGGGUAGUUUAUGGAGCACAGACGUCCCAUAAAAAUAGAUGAGGAAGAUCCCUAUAAUGAUCUUUUGUUGUUAUUUACUAAGUUAUGAUAUUUUUUUUAUUGAUAUAUCAAUUGAGUUCAGUCAUUUUCACGAGGGUUGCCAUUUUAAGAUAGCCCUCGGAACUCAAUUAAUGCCUACCGCCUUUUAGGCGCAUUGAUACUGGCAAAAACCUCGACAUAGUAGAUUCCUCAAAACAAUCCGUAAAAAUAAAUUUUACAUAAAUAAGCUACUAAAAGACCACCGCUUACUAGUCAUGAUUUUCCAAAAAGCCGUUGGGACUCAUUUAAAAAUGUCAACUAACAUAGCUAAACUAUUCUAUCUUUGUGUAACACCUACACAGACAUAUAUGUGCAUGUGAAAAACCCUUUCAUGUUCACUUGAUUAAGGUUGGUGGAGGAACUGCCUGAAAUUGGUGAAACCACGGAAAGUUUGCAAUCAGCAUUGAGAAAGAGUGAGAAGAUUCUGCAAUCACUCUUCAGUUUCAAACGGCUCCUGGAAUGCGAUCUUCAGCGAAAACUAAACAGCAUCUUCAUUGAUAACGAGAAGUGUCUUGGCCUAAGAAGACUGUGUCCGUCCAUUACUUAG